GUGUAAUACACAGUCGAUACAUCCCUAUACAUUGCUGUGGAUUUUUCAGUACAUUGAAACAUGGAAGCACCAGACGACGAUAUUUUCGAUGAAAAUGCCACUGAGGUGAUGAUUGGAUCAAGAGAUUGGAAGAAAAUGGAAUCGAGUUUAACUAAGCUUGGUUACCGAGAUGGAAUAGCAGAAGGCCAAGAAAUUAAUGUCCAGGAGGGUUUUAACCAAGGUUACAAAGCUGCAGCAUCACUAGUUUUCAGUAUUGCUGUACUACGAGGGGAAAUAAGUGCAAUACUGUCAAUGAAACACAUUCAGAAGACAGAUAUGGACAAAUCUAUGGAAGCUGAACUGGAGAAGCUCCUACAGGAAGUUCGUGACUUAGAGCAGAGUUGCAUGAAAACAAGCAUGGAGGCUCAGGUACAACAAGCUAAACAAAAUAGUCAGUAUGAGGCCCUAUGUGGCACAGAGGUCAACAGCGUCACAGAGACACAAAGUGACACAGAGCUCAACAGUGGGGUCUCAGAGACACAAAACGAAACUGAGGUCAAUAGGGUCACAGUGGCCCACAGUGACACAGAGGACAACAGGGUCACAGAGGUCAAGGAAGACUCUAGCCAAAAGGGCAAUUGUGGAGAUUGUAAAUGUAAUAAGGAGGCUUCUCUUGAUCAAGAAUGUGGUCAGAAUUAUAAUGUCCAGAGUCAUUUAGUACAAUCGGACAUUCAUGGACAGUUGUCAGCUUCCUUACUGGAUACAAAAACUAUGUUAGAAAAGUUAUAUGGACGUCUGAAGGACGUCAUGGAAUCACAAGUGAAAUGAAUUUCUGAUAUUUAAGCUGUGUCCAUGCUUAUCUAAAUUUAGGUAAGGUAUCAUACCUUCAGACAGUAACAUUGACAAAUAUUGGUGUGCUGCAAUGUACUGUUGGUAAAAGACGAAAUGUAAUUCAGCAAACUAAGACAAAAUACAGAGGAAUGUUAUAUGGAGUAUGUGUACUUUUAAAUGUCAUACUUUCCAAGCAUUUUUAUUUCCGCCAAUCAACUGUUACAUAAUGUAAAUGUAUAUAAAUAUAAAUACAUCACAAGCCUAACUUUAAAGGGAAAAU